AUGGGAAAUCUACAGAGCCAGGCCGGGAAACGCCAUGGAGACUCCAGUUCUGACAACAAUUCAAAAUUUGAUGAAAUUUUGAGCAGAUUUGCGCAUGAAGACAGAAACAAUCAUCGCACGACCAGACCUAGAAAUGGACGGGCCAGAAGUUCCGGAUCGAUCCAGUUCGGGAUGUCCAGAUCAGAGGAGGACGUUCGGGAGAAGACUAAAGAAAAGAGCCACAGCUUCUCUGGUCUGAAGGACAGUCUGAGACGGUCGUUCCGGGUGCCGUCCAGGGACGAACAGGAGAGAAGACCCAAGGCGAAGCCCAAGGACAGAUCGCAAGUGGUCAUGGGAAGCUGGGCUGGAGGAGAGGAUUCUGGGAGAAAGAAGCGGAGCAACUCACGUGACUCGAGCGGCAGUCACAGGCAGGCGAGCAGAACCUGUAGUCCGAAUGGUAGAAGAGACGGACAUCCUGACCGGACCAGAGUCAGGCGUGCCAAAUCAGAUGUAGGGAGCAGGAGGAACUUGAGAGUCACCAAGCUUAGCACUCAGCAAACACUUUCCCAUAAGAAUUUACGAAACAGAGAUAUAAGUAAACAAUUGAAAGCAAAAAGCAAAGCCAGGGAGAUUGAAGCCUAUGAAUACUUUGAAGACGACGACGGUGCUGCAAAAAGGUACAGACAACAAUCUUCGGAUGAUGAAAUUGGACAAUGGAUUCAAGACCGGGAUUCAACAUCAUUUACAUCAGCUGAAAACAGUCAGGUCUAUCUGGAAGAAGAAGACGAUAUCGAUGUUCCUCAAAGUCCGAGACAUGGAAAUCUCAGAAGACCAGGAGAAUGUGUAACAGGACUUGAUGAUAUAAAGGAGAGAACAAAAACCAUAUCUCGGCUUCGUAAAUCUUUUAAACUCAGACGUUCGAAAUCAGAUGUGAACGUCAGCUACAGAGGGAAAGAGAUAGGAGAGUCUGUUAGCCCAAAUGACGACCAGAAAUCUUCGCCAUACAAGAAGCAUAGACCUUCAGAAAGGAGAAGUCCACAGGAGGUGCAGCAGGAUUUCCGAGAGCCAAUUGUUGAAGACGAGAUGGACGCUUUACCUAGAAGCCCUGUUACAGAUCAUGUUAAAUCAAGGAGGAAGAGACAGCGUGGUGAUCUCCAAAUGUCUUCAAACCUAAGACGAUCCAUGUCAGACGUUGACGUUAGUUAUCGUGGCAACAGGAAAGGCCGCACAAGUCCCCGACCCCGUCCUACCAGAAGACCUGUACCGAGAGACAACAAUCCUGAAGACAGAAAAUGCGGAGAUCGAGCUGACGCAGCAAAAAAGGACGAUCAGCGGAAACAGCACAGUCAGGAGCAUGAAAACAGCAGGAGACAUUAUAACGUCGUUGCCACGCCUUCCAACCUCCGUCGCUCCAUGUCUGACGUAGAUGUCAGCUACCACGCCACUGACAGAGAAACCAGCCCGACCCACCAUAAGCGGCUCAUGUACAACGCCCCACCGGUUGAGUUCGCAGAGGAUUCCUCAGAGGAAAAGACACAUGGUGAUAACCCUGUCAUCCUUGGAAGCUUCAAGGCAGGGGAGGACACGGGAAGGAAGGGGAGAGACGGCCGGAAACCAGCAGAGCCUGUAGGGGCGGGAGCUAAGAUAGUGACCGGACUUGUGGACAGUGUCAAACAGUCUCUCGGGAUUCACGAGGAGGAUGUCAUAGAAGGAGAGACAACUUACCGAGAACAGCUUCCUGAUCUCAUCCAGGGAUGGGCGACCAGACAGUACACAGACAGUAAGAAAAAUGAUGAUACAGGCCUUAUAAACAAUCUGAAACAAACUUUCCUUGAGUCAACGGGCAUGCAUCAGCCCCGUGGCAGGAAGGGAGGAACAAGCGAGUCUCCUUGGUUUCUGGGGACCUGCGCUGGGGGUGAAGACUCUGGGAGGAACCACACUGAUGAACCAGGACCCUUCAGCUUCCUGGGCGGUCUGAGGCGGUCCUUCCGGACGUCAUCUGGAGAAGAUCACCCGUACGGCGGGGAGGACGAGCCAGUCAGUCCGGCAUCGGUCUUCUCGGGCACCACGGUGGGGGGAGAGGACACCGGGAGGAACAGGAAGAGUGGUACAAGUAGAUAUGAGGAUGGUAAGAAUAACAGUCAAGACCGCUCCAGAACUCGGCGAUUCCAGGUGUAUCCAGAUUGUCAAGGGAAAAAGAAGCACAGAGUCAUUCGGCUCAGCACUCAACAACAAUUUUGUGUCAGAAGUCGGGGAGGCUGUGACAGACAACGACAUGCUGAGUGCCCAAAUUACGCAGAUGCGUACCAUCCAGAAGAGUGUGAAAUGCUAGAUGAUAGUGAAGAAGGGGAUAGCUGUACAGGCGAAAUGUCAAACAUGGAGGACGAAAGCAUGGAUGACGUCAGAAUCAAACGAUCCAACUGGCUUGAGGAAGAGGACAGUGGAAGUGAAGGCAGUGAACAAUCGCUAAUCUACGAGAGCGAUGACAGUGGUGGAUAUGAACGAGAUGUGGAAAAAAGCUCGAGAUGUCUGUUGCCAGGGAAACACAAGUCAUCCGACAGGCGGCGUUCACAUUCCGACUUUGGCAUCAGCUAUGACGAAAACGAGAUAAGGCCUCCGAUAGUAUUUCCAAGGAUUCGUCGCUCUACAUCAAACGAAUAUUGGUCCAAUGUUCGUUUUUCUGACAUGUGUACCAGCUAUACAAGCGUGGACGACAUGUACGUUAUGGACACUGAUCCAAAGAGGCGGUGCAUAGCGCCAAGAAACGACAAGAGGGCAUGCGAACGUCUAUGUACCAAGAAAGCGUCGGCGAGAGAGGAGUGCAAAGAUAAAAAGAGCAGCUUGAAGAGGGAAAAGAGGAACAAAAAAGGAAUUCGAACUUGCAACAGUAAAAAGAAGAUCCUCUACAACGCCCCUCCCAUGGAGUAUGUGGUGGACAGCUCAGACGAAAAACUGUCAGAUGAGAACCUUGUCAUUUUGGGAAGCUUCAAGGCAGGAGAGGACAACACCAGCAGGCGACGUGGCUCACAGCCCAUCGGAGCAGGAGCAGAGAUGUUCUCGGAUUUCGUAGGUGGAUGUAAAAAAAUCCUACGAAUUCCUGAAGAAGAAACCGUGGAGGACCGUGGUACGUACGGAGACCACAUCCCAGGUAUCGUGUACAACAUGGUCGCCGGCGGAGAAGCAGAAAAGAACCGACGAGAAGACGAGAAUUCAUCUGGUUUUCUAGCCAGUCUGAAACGGCGCUUCAACUCCUGGACGACCGGCGGUGAGUCAGAGAAGCGACGGCCUGCCUUCAUGGGCAGCUGGGAGGGAGGGGAGGACACCGGAAGUCAGAGGGAUGCCGGGAACUCAGGAUUUAUAAAUAGCCUGAAGCAGUCUCUUUGGGGAAACAGCUGGGCACGAGAACAGCCUGGGAGGGACGGGGAUCAGAGAGUGCCUCCGGUCGGCAGCUGGGCAGGAGGAGAGGACACGGGGAAGGACAGAAACCAUGUCACAGGGGACUCAGGACCUUUGGGUUUCCUAAGUAGCAGAGUAAAGUCAUUUUGGAUGCCUUCUGACAAGGAUGGUCGGGCGGGCAGGGUGGGGUGGGCAGACGGCUGGACAGGGGGAGAGGACACUGGCAGAGACCAACAGGAGGGUAAAGGACCGCCCAGCGUCCUUGAUAAGCUCCCGUCAUUCAAAAUUUCUCCCCCUCCGGAAGACAAGUGUACCAGAAAAUCAGACGAUGGGGAGAACGGCUUAAGCUGGUUCUCCCCUCGCACGUGGUGGUCAGCCAUCAGAGAUCUGUUCGGAAUGGCAUCGGAAGACGAGAGCGAACCACGCUGGGCUGUACCGGGUUACCAGAAGCAGAGGUGUCGGCGCAGGAGCGGUGACAAAAACAUGGACCCGAACUCCUUGUCCCCAAUGUGCUGGUGGUCAGGAAACAAAAAUUACGACAGAAGACGUGGCUCAGGCGAUAGUUCAACAUCUUCGGGCUCGGAGUUUUCGCUGCCAGAUCUCGGCUUGUUCUCAAGUGUACCAGGAAGGAAAAAGACUGAAAGGCAAAGGAGAAAGGCUGACCGGAGAGGAGCUCUAGGCCCAUUUCAGGGGAUCUGGAGUUAGUUGUAAUUUAAGUCACGAGCAACUGCAUAUCGUAC